AUGCGUGUAGUUCUUGUGAGCGGCGGAGUUAUCUCUGGUGUUGGAAAAGGCAUUAUUGCUAGCAGCUCUGGGCUUCUUCUCAAGACACUCGGUCUUCGGGUCACGGCACAAAAGCUCGACCCGUAUUUGAACACCGAUGCCGGGUUGCUAAACCCUCUAGAGCAAGACUACCCGACCCUCGAAACGGAGCGAUCAUACCUUGGCAUCCAGCUCAGCAACGAGAGCAACAUGACGACCGGAAAAAUCUACAAACUUGUCCUGGAUAAAGAAAGACGAGGCGACUACCUAGGAAAGACGGUCCAGGUUGUACCCCAUAUCACAGAUGCUAUGCAAGAAUGGAUCGAACGAGUCGCCAAGAUUCCCGUCGAUGACUCAGGAGAGGAGCCUGAUGUCUGUAUCAUUGAGCUGGGUGGUACUGUCGGAGACAUCGAGUCUGCACCUUUUAUCGAAGCUCUUGUCCAACUUAGACAUAGACUCGGCCGCGAAAACUUCUUCAGCAUUGCAGUGUCAUACGUUCCCAUUAUCAAUGGGGAGGAGAAAACCAAGCCCACACAACAUGCCAUCAAGCAGAUGCGCAGUGCUGGCUUGAUUCCAGACAUGGUUGCUUGUCGUUGUGAGCGCGAGCUUGAUGACGCUACAAUUCAGAAGAUCGCUAGAAGCUGCCAAGUUGAAUACGAACAAGUCAUCGGUGUGCGAGAUAUGGAAACCAUCUAUCAAGUUCCUCUACUCCUCGAGCAAGAGGGCCUGCUCAAACAGCUGCAGAAGGGCCUUGCUCUUGAUACCACUGUCCUCUCACCGGCCAGAGUUCAGAAGGGCCAAGCUCUCUGGGAUAUUUGGACCAAGACCGUCACACCAAAGCAUCAUCUACCACCCGUUAAUAUCGCGUUGGUAGGAAAGUACGUGACUCUGGAUGACGCAUACCUCAGCGUACACAAGGCACUGGAACACUCGGCUAUGCGAUGCGGUCGCAAGUUGAACCUCGUUUCUGUCGACUCCGAGCACCUUGAGCAAGACAUGCAGCAAAAAGAUCCCACCAAAUAUCACAACGCCUGGAAGGCGCUUUGCGAGGCCGAAGGAUUGAUUGUUCCUGGUGGCUUCGGCUCGAGGGGAAUCGAAGGCAUGAUUGCCACCACCAAAUGGGCCCGCGAGCGCAAGGUUCCGUUCCUUGGAAUCUGCUUGGGCCUGCAGGUCGCUGUUAUGGAGUAUGCCCGCAACAUCAUGGGUCUGAAAGAUGCCACCUCAGAAGAGAUUUCCGCCCAUGCGGAGCAUCGCGUUGUUAUUUUCAUGCCAGAAGGCUCCAAAGAGCAAAUGGGCGGCACUAUGAGAGUAGGCACUCGUACAUCACACUUCAAGCCUGGAACAGAAUGGAGCAAGCUGCGGGCUAUGUACGGCGGCGCUGCAGUUGUUGAAGAACGCCACCGACAUCGUUACGAGGUGAACCCCGACUACAUCGAGGACUUGGAAAAGGCGGGCCUGAGCGUGACGUCUCUUGAUGACCAGGGGGUACGAGUUGAGACGAUUGAACUGAAGAAUCAUCCUUUCUUUGUCGGACUGCAAGCGCAUCCCGAAUUUACUAGCAAGGUCUUGAGCCCUUCACCCGCAUUGUUGGGCUUCGUGGCAGCUAGCGCAGGAUGCUUCGACGAGAUAUCCAAGGCGGCGGGUCAGCAGAAGGAGUUGGUUAUCAAUGGAACCAGUCAUGCCUCUUUCUAA